AUGGCGCUCGAACGAUUGACACCCCCUGGUAAAAUAAAGUUCAACACUAAGAAUAUUAGUGAAGACUGGAGAAAAUGGAGAGAAGAAUUUGAACUCUAUGCAUCUCUAUCGGUGAAGGAUGCAGAAGACAAAGCUAAGUUACAAUUACUGAAAUAUUUGAUCGGCGCUGAUGGCAGAGAGAUUUACAGCACAUUGAAAUUUGAAAAAGAAGAAAAGGACAGAAAAUUAAAAGACGUCCUCGAAGCUUUUGACGCUUACUGUAGACCCAAAAGAAACGAAACAGUAGAGAGAUUCAGGUUCAAUAUUAGGAAACAGGAACAAGGUGAGACGAUAGAAACUUUUAUUACUGAUCUAAAAACAUUAGCUGCAAAGUGUAACUAUGAAGAAAUAGUUGAUUCACUAUGUGUCGACAUAACGCGUGCAGCAGAAAUCACAAAACAAGGAAUUAGUGUAUUGGACGGCAACAACAAUUCGUUAAGCAGCCAUACAGAAAAUGUCAACAAAAUCGGCAAAGGUAAACCCAGUGCAAAGACAAGUGGAAGUAAACAUUCACACACAGAUAACAACAAACCUUGUAAAUAUUGUGCCAAAGAACAUGAGCGCAAGAAAGAAAACUGUCCGGCAUAUGGAAAGACGUGUCGACUGUGCCAUAAAAUGAAUCACUUCGAAACAGUAUGCAGAAGUGCUACCAAGAAAUCACAACCAAAGUACAAGAAGAAAACUGUACAUCACAUUGGGACAGGUUGUUCAGUCACUGACAGUGAUGAUGACUAUUCAGUUUGGACCAUUCAAGAAGAAAACACACAUUCUGCACACUCAGUUUCCAACAGUGCACAUGCGUCUAUGAUAAUUCAUGGAAAGAAAGUGACAUUUCAACUAGACAGUGGGGCCACAUGUAACAUUUUACCACAUAGUGUGAUUCCAAACAUGCCGCCACUUCAGCCUACAAAUUACACCUUGAAGUUGUACAACAAAUCUACCAUAAGGCCUCUAGGAAAAGUACACUUGCAAGUUACCAAUCCAAGGAAUGGUACCUCAUAUGACACUGAAUUUGUUGUGAUCAAGGAGGACUGCAUGCCACUCUUAGGAAAUAAAACUCUACAGCACAUGGAGCUCUUGAACUGGAGAAAGGAGAACAUUCUAAGUGUGAGACAGCUGUUACCAUCACCUCUCAGCAAGAAGCAGCUCUUCGCAGAGUAUCCAGAUGUCUUUGAAGGACUAGGUCGUCUCGCAGGAAAAUAUCACCUAGUUCUAGAUGAAAACAUACAGCCUGUAGUUCAUCCACCAAGGAAAGUGCCUAUCGCACUGAAGCCAUUGUUAAAAGCAGAACUUGACAGACUUCAGGAAAUGAAGAUUAUUACACCAGUAAGUGAACCAACACCAUGGGUCUCCAGCUGUUUGAUGGUCGUGAAACCAAACAAAGUCAGAAUCUGCAUAGAUCCGAAGGACUUAAACAAAGCACUUAAGAGGAGCCAUUAUCCACUUCGUACGAUAGAGGAAAUACUUCCAAACCUUUCUCGUGCAAAAGUAUUUAGUGUUCUGGAUGCACGUAAUGGAUUUUGGCAUGUUGAAUUAGAUAAGGAAAGCUCUAUGCUUACUACAUUCAACACCCCAUUUGGACGAUUCAGAUGGUUAAGGAUGCCCUUCGGUAUCUCGACUGCACCGGAAGAGUAUCAACGUCGUCAAGAUCAGGCGGUAGAAGGACUACCAGGUGUCUUGAGUAUUGCUGACGACAUAUCGGUUAUGGUGAAUGCGACACAGAAGAGGAUGCCAUUGUAG